AUGGCUUUAGCUCGCCUGUGCCUCAACAGGGCCCUCGCCGCCGGCCGCGCGCAGGCGCUGGCGGGGCCGGCGUACGCCGCAGCCCCAGCGACAGAUUUGAAGCUUCACUCCCUUUUCUCAACGUCGGCAGCCGACUCUGCCGCCUCAGGCGAGGCGAACCGCCGGGAGGUCGCCGUGUCGGAGCGCUCCGCCCCCGCACGCCGCAGCGGCCGCUGGGCAUGGCGAGACCUCCGCGACUUCACCCCGUUCCGCCUCGUGGACGGUGGCGGAGACCCUGAGCCGGCCGCUGGAGCGCCUGGCGCCGUCGCGCGGCUGAUGUCGGGGAAGGUGCGCGAGGACGAGUCGCGGUACCGGCUGCGGUUCGAGGUGCCGGGGCUCGGCAAGGACGACGUGCGCGUGGCCGUGGAGGACGGGGUGCUGGUCAUCGAGGGCGAGAAGCGGGAGCACGGGGAGGAGGGCGGCGAGUGGUGGUCGGCCAGCGGGUACCACGCCAGCCUGCUGCUCCCGAACGACGCGCGCGCCGACGGGAUCACCACCGAGGUGAAGGACGGCGUGCUGUACGUCACCGUGCCGCGCACCGGGGAGCGCAAGCGGAACGUCACCGAGGUCAAGGUCCAGUGA